AUGUCAUUAUUUUCAGUUUUGUUUACUCUAGUCCUGUUCUCGGAGCUAAGCAGCCAAUGGGUGGCCAUAGCUUCGCCAGCAAGCAAUGCUGGUGACAGCACGAAUGAACAAGAAGCCUUGGAUUUAAUGCUGAAUGAUCAGACCAUCUCUGAGCCAGCCUUGGCAUUUUUAAUGCACAGGAGCAGCACUGGUCUGGGUACCAACAUCCGUGAUGAUAAGGGAACUCCACAGGUCAAUAUGCUAUCGGAUAUGUACCUGAGGGGACAAGACACUGGUGGGAUGAUUCCCACUUUCACCCGUGGCAACACUCUGCUCACAGAUCGGAAUGUUGGACGUUUUCCUGAAUCCAUUACCAAAAUGGAUCGCAGAGACACUGACCUUGACAUGCUACGGUGCAUGAUUGGAAGAGUUUACCGGCCCUGCUGGGAAGUAUAAAUACUUCAGAAAUGUAUACAAAUAGCAUCAUGGCUAUCAUAAAUCGGUUAAAAAGCAAAGAAUGAAAAAGACAAAUAAAAGUUUAUUAA